UUUGUUGGCUAAUCAUACCACAUGCACAUGCUUGCCCUCCAUACUCCAUGAUUCAGCUGUUAUCAAGCCAAUGAAAAGCCGCCCUGAUCACCACUGUGUGUCACAAACACAUUUUUAUCUGUAUUUAACUUGACGCUAACAAUCCCAAACGUUGACCUGAAAGUGCCCUCACACUGACUGAAGCUGGUCUUAGAUAAAAGAGCGUAUUUCUCCCUCCGAGAGCAUGCACAGAAGUAAAGUGUGAAGAGAAGAAUCGAAUGUAAAAAUGAUGGAUGGAAAGUAGGAAGAACACACACACACACACACACACACGUGUGAUCCUCUUCAGGAUCCAGAGGGGAGGAGUGGAGGUGAGGACAGAUCACUUUGGGAUAAAAGUUGCAGCCGCAGCAGACAUGAAAUCCUCCAACGGGUUUGUCGGACAGCUCGGGAGAGUUCCUCCACUGACUUCAGACGGACGCUGCUGCUUUUUUUGUGCUGUAGGUGGACUGAGCUGAUGAAGAUCUGCAGAGGAUUUCCUGACUGGUGCACCUGCUAAAUGAAGAUUUAUGUUAGAUUGAGAUAGAUUUCUGUCUCUGAAGAUUAACGGUGCCGAACUGAACCACAGCUGCAAAAUGACAGCUGCCACUAAACUUCUGGAUGAGAUGUGCCAUCUGACGGCUCAGUCUCUGACACCAAUGGACACAUCGGAGCACUUCAAGAUCCUAAAGCUCCUGGGUGAAGGCUCGUAUGGCAAAGUCAUGCUGGCUGUACACAGGAAGAGAGGGACUCCGAUGGCUCUGAAGUUCUUCCCUCGUGAGUCCACCUGUCUUUUCUCUUUCCUGAGGGAGUAUAACCUCUCGCUGUCGUUUUGUACCCACCCGUCCCUGACCAGGGCCCUGGGAAUCGCCUACUCCACCCCUUCACACUAUGUGUUCGCUCAACAAGCAGGCCUCUUUGGCGAUCUCUACGACGUCAUCUUGCCUGAGGUCGGUAUGGAGGAGGACUCUUGUCAGAGGGUGGUGUCCCAGCUCUGUGGUGCUCUGUCCCACCUGCACUCUCUUGGCUUUGUCCACAGAGACGUCAAACCAGAGAACGUCUUCCUGUGUGACUCCACCUGCCGCUGGGUCAAACUAGGAGACUUUGGCAUGGUGAAGGCCAGGGGCACCAGGGUCCCGGAGGUCUGGUACAGCUCUCCUUAUUGCACCCCUGAGGCGGAGAUCGCUCGGGGAAAUUCAGACAGCUGGAAAAGCAUGAAUGAUGAGGAUGAGGAAGAAGAGAAGAAAAAGAAGUCAAGAGUUUGGGUGUCGGUGGAGCCAAGCACGGACAGUUGGGCACUGGGGAUCCUGACUUACGCCAUGCUCACUGGCAGCCAUCCGUGGGCUGAAACAGCCAGUGACUGCCACUCAUACCUAAAAUAUCAGGAAUGGUUUGAGAGAGCAAAAGGCCCUAAUGACGAGCUGGAUGUGUGGGCAGAGCCGCAGGAUGAGAGUGAAGCCGAACUUGGAAAGAAAGAUCACCCUCCCAUCGCGCCCCAGUUUGCGUGUUUCACCCCGCUGGCCUGCUCCUUCUUCCAGUCGCUACUCGACCCGAGGCCGAAAUUUCGUGGACGGCCUGAUGACGGGCUGAGUUUCCUCGGAGGGGACUGGGUGAUGGAGAAGGAGAGGGCGAGGUUGGAGAAGGAGCGAAAGAAAAGCAGCGGGAAAGGAGCCAUCAAGAAACUGAAGGAGAUGGAGGGGAGAGGAGAGCGAUAAGGAGAUUUAUGAACUGUUUGGUGAUCUAUUACAUGACGAUUUGUAGUUGUAGAUAGUUCAACAAAUAUUUUAUUGUGCCUCAGAAAGACACUGUGGUGAUAAGACGAGUAGAUAAACACAUAAACAUUCGCUGGUUCAAGCUUCUCAAAUGUAAGAAUUUGCUGCUUUUCAUUGUUUUAUAUGACUUUAAACCGAAUAUCUAUGAAAUUUGGACAGUUGAUCAUGCAAAACAAGACAAGUGUUUUAUUUAUUCGUUGCAAGGAAACAAAGGGAGUCCAUUACCUGAAGGUCUGUGAGCCUCUACAUUUUGUUUUAAAAAUGUUGCUUAAGUUUUAAGAGCUACUGAUGGCAAGUGGUUUGUUGGAGUGUGACGCUGAUGGGAAAAUCACUUCCCACACGUUUCCACUUCAAACAGGCGGGAGAAAAAAAAAUCCCCUUUGUUAAAUGAAAACCACAAGGUUUAUAGGAAAUGUGGUUUGAAUUUUGAGAAACGGUCUGUGCACUGUGGUAGUUAAACAGUUGUUUCAAUUAUGGUUUUAUUUGUUUCUGGAAGUCAAUUAAAUUAUCGGUCCCUCACCUUUGAUUAAUUAAAAAUAUUUAUAGAACUACACAUGAAACAUUUGGGUCUAUAUAUCUGACUGUAGUGCCCAGUUUUUAUAGUCAGAAAAAUGUAAAGUAGCUUUUUAACCCAGCUUUGAAAAGGCAGAAAUAGUAAGUACAUGUAUGUAGAGCCAGUUCCUGGAAGUAAAUAUUUAUAUGCUGCAUAUAUUUUGCACUAGCAGCAGUUUUGUAUAUGUUAGCACUUGAUGUAAGCUGUUCGUUGUUGCUGUAGCACUUUGUACAUAAUAACACAACUACAACUUGCAACACAUUUGAG